UUAGUUCGUCCGUGUAGUAAGAUGUAGAAAAAUAUGUGAAAAAAAAGUGGAAAAAAAAUCAAGUAAACAAUUCUAGAGCAUUUUUUUCGGAACAAAAUUAUUAAAACAAAUUGAAAUAAAAAACAGGAAAAACACAAAAAAAAAAAAGAAAAGAACGGGACGAAUUUGUGAUCAUCAACAUCUUUCGACGGUCUCUCGAUGAUGGUCGUGACCAGCUCAAGCUUCUGGCUGGCAUGGCUGUUCCUUAUGUGCGUUGGUAUUGCGUUUUGCACACGGCAGGCUUCGCAGGUUUAUAAGCAACGGAAUGUGGCCAAAGAAGAAGAGUCAGAACGGUUUGAGGGACGGAAACCACAACGUGAUGAUGGAGGUGAAGAAACGGCAGCAAAAACAGAAAAAGGCAAGGCUGUGGCCAUGAAAAUGUUCAAUCGGGAUGCAGUCCUCCGACCGCAACAACCGAACGAUAUUGAGGGCUCCCCGAUCACGACAAGACAACGGGACCAGGACAAAAGAAAUAAAUCCAGAUAUAACAGCAACAGCAACAGCAACAGCGACAACAACCACACAAAUGACGUAAAGCUAGAGGAGGAUGAUAAGGCUAGGCAAAUGCGUUGGGUUGAGAAUGUUUGCGGCUUCAUAAAGCGUCCCCUCGUCGACUUUAUUUACGAACAGGCCAUGGCAGCUAGAUUACAAAAGCUCCAAGAACUUCACGUUGCCAACCCUGCCCAGUUGGCACGGCCACCACGAGGACCACCAGGACCAACAGGGCCGCCACUACCACUGCCCAGUAGUGGCCAUUCAAUGCGACCCACGCGUUCGCUUCGACGCAAACGUCAGCCAAAAAUGAGAACGAAAACAGGUGUCGUGUCUCGAGCCAAAGAUACCGUAACUGCCAAAGAACUCUACAAUUUGAAGGAUCAGCUGGUUAAAAUACUGAACGAAGGAAUCCUAUCUGCAAAUGACAACAGGAUGGAUGCGCUGAGCAAGCGGAGGGAUCGACAUGGUGAUAAUGCAUCAUCUUGUUCGUGCUAUUGAAAUCAGGAUCAACACUUACACAUUUUUAUAUUGGAGAGUAGGUUAGGAAAGGUUUUAACGUGUUCUUUUUAAUCUUUUUUUUCUGUGUUUUUUUGUCUUCUACUGAAUCCUGCUUUUUGUUUUCUACUGAAUCCUAUUUUUUAAAGUAGCAGACAGUUUCGAAAAGAAAGCAUAGAUAGGUUUUACAUUGUGUAGUUCCUAAGUUAAAAAGUUUGCUUUGCAUAUUUUUCUAUAAUUUUUUAAAGUUUAUUUUAUAGAAAAUCAUUUUUAUCCACACACACACACACACGGAAAACUGCACUGGCAUCUGCUCUGCUCAAUUCUACUCCGGCUUACACUAUAUACACGAAAGAUCAAGGACACCUAAUACACUAUAUACACCGAAGGCAAGCAAAAUCAUUCACUACACAGACACAUACACAAUGAUUAGGGCUUUCACACUUGUACACGAUCGAAACGGCGCGCUUCUACUGGUAUCUACACCUUGAAACACAGACGUACAUACACCUCCAAGUGCCCUCCUAGUUACGAAACUUCUUGUUGCUCAAUGGUAUCUACACCUUGAAACACAGACGUACAUACACCUCCAAGUGCCCUCCUAGUUACGAAUCUUCUUGUUGCUCAAUACUAACGCAUAAGGAAACGCAUCUAAAACAAAAAGGACUACACCUUGAAACACAGACGUACAUACACCUCCAAGUAUCCUCCUAGUUACGAAUCUUCUUGUUGCUCAAUACUAACGCAUAAGGAAACGCAUCUAAAACAAAAAGGACUUAAUCUUGAAAAUUUGUAAAAUAUUUCGCUUCGUCUGACAAAACAAAAUUUUUCGUAUUGUCAUCAUGUAUGUCAAAAUUCUAAAUUUUAAUGUGUAAUAAAAUCCCAAAUUCAAAGUGUA